AUGCUGUUGCCUUUCCAACAGCAUUUGCCGCACUCAUCGAUACGUAUGAUGUCUGGUGUAACGAAUUUUUGCGCAGUGGCACUAGCACUUCAUGAUUUGGGCUAUCGCGCAAUAGGAUGCCGUAUCGACAGCGGUGACUUGUCUUAUUUGUCGAAAGAAAUUCGUGGCAGAUUCAGAAUGGUGGCAGCGUUAGACCCAUGUUUGGAGUGGUUCGCAAGGUUAUCGAUAAUUGCGUCAAAUGAUAUCAAUGAGAAUACAAUUAUUUCGUUGAAUGAGCAACAACACGAAGUAGAUGCAUUUGGCAUUGGUACUCAUUUGGUUACCUGUCAAAGGCAGCCUGCUCUUGGGUGUGUUUAUAAGCUGGUUGCCUUAUCAGGUGUGCCGAAAAUUAAAUUGACUGAAGACGUUGCAAAAAUACAAAUUCCGGGGCGUAAAAAUUGUUAUCGAUUGUAUGGGAAAGGUGGAUUCUGCAUUUGUGAUUUGAUGACUCUUGAUACGGAGCCGGUGCCGAAAGAAAAUCAGCCAAUUCUUUGUCGACAUCCUUUCCAGAUGCCUUUUUGUGACACACGUCUAUUGCUUACAUUGCCAGCAUAG